CAUACCUCAUAACUACAACUACGAAAUACGUGUAGUCAUCUAUCGAACUUACAAGUGUUCCAAUCUCUUCCUCGCUAGAACAUCUCCAGAACAUAUAUAGUCAUCCCCCACGACUUCAGAGGAAAGCGAAAGGAAGAAGGGAAAGCUGAAUUGAGUCCGCGGGAAUUGGCGAAAAGAGUACGGAAUUAUCAAAAUCAACAUUCUCCCAUCAAUACCACCAUACGACUUUCUCAAAAUGUCACCAUCUGCGGACCUCCCGACGCCCCCUCUUUCCUCAUGUACCAAAGUUGAAUCCAAACAAGCUUCUAAAACUCCCCUUCAAUUGAUAUCACAGGGCACGCCCCUUCCUUCAAUUCCCACAUUCCUAUCCUUCGCAUCCCACCGCGCGGCCAUCCUCUCCCACAUGGCAGGAGCAUUCAGAGUCUUUGCACGGAAGGGGUUCACAGAAGGGAUGUCCGGCCACAUAUCUGUCAGGGACCCAGAAUACCCCCACCUCUUCUGGACGAAUCCUCUGGCAAGACACUUCGCUCUGCUCCGGGCCUCGGAUAUGAUUCUCCUCGAUUACGACGGAAAGGUCGUCGGCGGGAACACAUCUCGCCCGGCCAACGGCGCGGGCUUCCUCAUCCACAGCGCGCUACACAAGGCGAGGGAGGAUGUCAACGCCGCGUGUCAUUGCCAUGGAAAAGCAGGAAAGGCGUGGAGUGCGUUCGGCAAGAAGUUGGAAAUGAUCAAUCAGGAUAUAUGCUACAUGUACGGCGAGGCGCAGGGAGUAUACGAGGAUUUCGGGGGCAUCGUUUUCGAAGAGGAGGAGGGUAGAAAAUUGGCGAGGGCGCUCGGGGAGAAGGGGAAGGGAUUGGUGUUGAAGAACCAUGGGUUGUUGACGGUGGGUGGAACGGUAGAUGAGGCUGCGUAUUUAUACACACUCAUGGAGCGAUCGGCAGAGGUACAGUUGAUGGUCGAGGCAGCGGCCGCUAAUGGGUUGAAGAAGAUCAUCGUGGACGAUGAAGCGGCCGAGUAUACGUUUAGGAUGGCGAGUGAUCCCGAGACCUUGUAUUGGGAGUUUCAGCCAGACCUCGAGUAUGAGGUUGAGCUCAUGGGCAAUGUUUUCGAUGACUUUGAUGAGGAGAAGGCAUUGUUUUGUAGCUAGAUUGUGAUUCGGCUUGUCCUCGGGAAACCAAAUGUACACAUUAUACUUCCAAUGGGUGCAUGUAGCAUUCAACAUACUAGAUAAAGGCUAGCACACCAAGGUACACUGAUUUGGCC